AUUUUCAAUAAUCUUAAAAAUUCAAGGGCAUAAUUUAAUACAUGUGAGACAAAAAUACUAAUUAGCCUAUUUCAAAAUGGUCGAUUCGAAAUAAUAUGUGCUGAGCUAGUCUGACACACAUAUUUACAACACAUAUCUAUGAUUAAGUUUGUUUAAUGUCUUAAACAAAAAAGAAAUGUUUGUUUAGUGUAUAAAAAUGUAAAUGAUCUUUUUGGGUUGUUAUUGUUAAACGGGCCUUAAAUGGGCCUUCGUCUGACCUAUGUCCAGCCCAACCAUCACUUCUCCUCCUUCUCCGCAUACUGUUCGUCCUCCGCUACCGCCAUUGAUUUCAGGGGAUGGUAGAUUCCUGAUUCUCGAAUCUCCACUCACAAAGCUCUAAUUUUUCAAGCGACACAGCGGUCUAUCUCAAAAACCCAGAAAACACCAUUUCCAUUUCUUCAUUCUGUUGAAAAUGGGUGACAACAAAAGAAAACGUGGUCGAAAACCCAAAUCUCCAGCAAACGAUACCACUACUACCUUGGAUUUUCAGUACAACAAUCAAACCACAUCUACCACCUCUUCUGCUGCCGUAAAUGACGUUGUUUCAGUUCCUACUUCCGAAACCUCCGAUCUCGGCGGUACCCAAGCAUCGCGCCGUUCCCGUGGCCGACCAAGAAAGGGAGAAGAACAGGUCGAGAAGGAGAAACAAAGGUCGAGACACGUGGAGCAAAACGGCGAGGGAGCACACUCCAUGGCCGUGGUGGCGGUGCCGUCGCUAACGGUACCGAAGUGGGAAAAUGUUGUUAGGGUUGUUCCGUCGAUGGACGCGGUGGUGAAGGUGUUCUGCGUACACACGGAGCCGAAUUUCUCGUUGCCAUGGCAGAGGAAGAGACAGUACAGCUCGAGUAGUAGUGGGUUCAUCAUUGGGGGAAGAAGGGUUUUGACCAAUGCUCAUUCUGUGGAGCAUCAUACUCAGGUUAAGCUCAAGAAACGUGGGUCUGAUACCAAGUACUUGGCCACUGUGCUAGCUAUUGGGACCGAAUGUGAUAUUGCAAUGCUGUCUGUGAGUGAUGAUGAGUUUUGGGAAGGUGUUUCACCAUUGGAGUUUGGAGAUCUCCCCGCGCUUCAAGAUGCUGUGACAGUUGUGGGUUAUCCUAUUGGGGGUGAUACAAUCUCUGUGACAAGUGGAGUUGUAUCACGUAUGGAGAUAUUAUCUUAUGCUCAUGGAUCGACUGAGCUUUUGGGGUUGCAGAUAGAUGCUGCUAUCAACUCUGGAAACUCGGGGGGGCCUGCAUUCAAUGACAAGGGAAACUGUGUCGGUAUUGCAUUUCAGUCACUAAAACAUGAAGAUGUAGAGAAUAUAGGCUAUGUCAUACCAACAACCGUCAUUACACACUUUAUUAAAGAUUACGAGAGGAAUGGUGCAUAUACAGGGUUUCCGAUUCUUGGAGUUGAGUGGCAGAAGAUGGAAAAUCCUGAUCUUCGCUCGUCGAUUGGCAUGGGACCUGAUCAGAAGGGUGUCCGUAUUAGAAGAAUCGAGCCUACAGCUCCAGAAUCUAAUGUUCUGAAGCCUUCUGAUGUAAUUCUUAGUUUUGAUGGGGUUGAUAUCGCUAAUGAUGGAACAGUUCCAUUCAGACAUGGUGAGCGCAUAGGUUUCAGUUACUUGGUCUCUCAAAAAUACACCGGUGAUAGUGCUUUGGUGAAAGUUCUUCGUAACAAAAAGAUACUAGAAUUCAACAUAAGGCUUGCAACUCACAAGCGACUCAUCCCUGCUCACAUUAAGGGCAAACCUCCUCCUUACUACAUUAUCGCUGGAUUUGUAUUCAGUGCUGUCUCAGUUCCAUAUCUGCGUUCUGAGUAUGGAAAAGAAUAUGAAUUUGAUGCUCCAGUGAAACUAUUGGACAAGCAUUUACAUGCUAUGGCACAGUCUAUUGACGAACAAGUUGUUGUUGUUUCUCAGGUUCUUGUAGCAGACAUUAAUAUUGGAUACGAAGACAUUGUUAAUACACAGAUUCUUAAGUUCAAUGGUAAGCCUGUUCGAAAUCUUAAGACGUUAGCCAACAUGGUGGAGAGCUGUAAAGAUGAAUACCUGAAGUUUGAGCUAGAAUAUGACCAGAUAGUUGUUCUGCAAACGAAAACAGCGAGGGAAGCAACUCUAGACAUUCUUGCAACACAUUGCAUACCUUCGGCUAUGUCAGACGAUCUCAAGAAAUGAGAGAAAGUUGAACUCUUUUGCCAUCUGUUUCGGUUCUUUGCAUGCUGCAGCAGCUACCCCACACGAUUCUCUGAUGCUUGCCAAAAUUACUUUUUGCUCCUAGAGAGAGAGAUAGACAGAAUAGAGUUAAGAGGCUGUCGUUGCAUGUAGCGCUUCGAUACAAAUUUGGGCAAGAUGAUAGGGGUUUUUUUUUCUUGCAUGGUUUUUUGUAAAAAACCAUAUAGGCAUUUUUACCCAUGUUGAAGGGAGAAGAGGGAUACAUAACAUUUGUUUUCAUACGUGAUAUAUUUUUACUAUUACUUCUACAUGAAUGAGCUUUUAGUUUUGAGAUUCAGACAGAACAAAUUGAUUUUAUGUAAUAUCAUCGUACCAAAAUGUUUACUAGUGAGUAGUCAAUGAAAUUACAAUGCUUGAUGUCCUAAUUAGAAA